AUGGAUAAGGAAGUUGAGAUGGAGUUCGCUCCGAUCACGGAGCGCAUCCAGACCGUGAAUGAACUCGACGAGCAAGAAAUUCAAUCCUUGAACCGCAUUGCGUCCAGCAAGCUGGGGCAGAAGCUGUCUGCCUCCACCAGUCGAAAGGAAUCGCAAGAUCCUCGAUUGGAUCCGAACAGCCCUGAAUUUGACCACCAUCGAUGGGCUCAGACAGUUCUCAGCCAGGCCCAGGAAUCGGGCAUCGAUAUCCCCUCCCAGGGAGUGGUCUUCUCCAACCUAUCGAUCAGCGGCUCCGGCUCGGCCUUGCAAUUCCAAGAGACGUUGGUUUCGAGCCUGACCCUGCCGUUUCGCCUGGCCACCCAUGCUCUCUCGGGCCGUCGCCCCUCACCACGGCGCAUUCUCCAUAGCUUUGAUGGCCUGCUCGAAGGGGGUGAGCUAUUGCUGGUUCUAGGACGUCCCGGAAGCGGCUGCACCACGUUUCUGAAAACCAUUUGUGGUCAUCUCGGCGGGUUAUCCAUGGACCCAGAUAGUUCAAUCCAUUUCGAAGGCAUUGACUACGAACAGAUGAUUAAACACCACCGAGGCGCCGUGGCCUACAACAAAGAGGUGGAUCUGCACUUCCCACAUUUGACUGUUGGUCAAACUCUUACCUUCGCCGCCCACGCCCGUGCUCCUCAUCGUCGCAUUGAAGGCGUGACACGGCAAGAGUACGCAGAGACUCUGACGCAGGUCGUCAUGUCGGUCUUCGGUCUUUCUCACACAUACAAUACCAAAGUCGGUAGUGAAUUUAUCCGUGGUGUUAGUGGAGGUGAGCGAAAGCGUGUCAGUAUUGCGGAAAUGUUUCUGUCGCGCUGUCGCAUUGGAGCGUGGGACAACAGUACCCGUGGACUUGAUGCCGCAUCUGCAUUGAAGUUUGUUCGUGCUCUUCGUUUGGCUGCUGACAUGGGGGGAUCAUGCCACGCGAUCGCCGCCUAUCAAGCAUCCCAGUCUAUGUAUGAUCUGUUCGACAAGGUCGUCGUGCUUUACGAAGGCUACGAGAUCUACUACGGACCUCGCGAUCGAGCUGUGGCUUACUUUCAGGACAUGGGAUGGGCUCGACCCGAGCGUCAAGUGAGCGGUGACUUCUUAACCGCGGUCACCAACCCGACCGAACGCAAGGCCCUUCCUGGCAUGGAGAACAAAGUGCCUCGGACGCCGAAGGAAUUUGCCGAGGUUUGGAAGCGCAGCCCCGAAUACCAGAGCCUGCGCAAACAAAUUACCGAUUUCGAGCAACAGCAUCCUCCAAACGGGGACGAUGCCAAACUGUUCCAGCAAAGCCACGAAGAGCAACAGGCUCUACACACUCGUUCGCGCAGCCCAUACAUUCUUUCCAUCCCGAUGCAAGUUCGACUUUGCACCCGACGUGCCUACCAGCGCAUGCUUAAUGAUCUGCCUACCGCUUUAUCUCCCUUAAUCGUUCAACUCGUCCUGUCCUUGAUCAUUGGCUCCGUCUUCUACAAUACCCCCGAUACUGCGUCCUAUUUUUUCCAGAAAGGCGGAGUAUGCUAUUUUGCCGUACUCAUGAAUGCUCUGCUUACCAUCAACGAAAUCAUGCAACUCUACAGCCAGCGUCCUGUCGUGGAAAAACAAAAGGGUUACGCCUUUGUCCAUCCUUUCACUGAAGCCUUAGCCAGUAUCGUCGUCGACUUACCAAUCAAGCUCUUGCGAAUCUCGAUCUUCGCUAUUGUUUUAUACUUCAUGGCCAAUCUUCGUCGAGAGCCAGGUCCAUUUUUCAUCUUUUAUCUAUUCCUCAUCGUUGCUGUCUUGACCAUGUCAGGUCUUUUCCGCAGCUUGGGAGCGUUGACCAAGUCGAUUGGACAAGCGAUGGCUUUGGCGGGUAUUAUGGUGCUAUGCAUUGUGGUAUACACGGGCUUUACGCUUCCACAACCAUAUAUGCACCCGUGGCUCUCCUGGAUUCGAUGGAUCAACCCCAUCUUCUACACGUUUGAGGCUUUGAUUGCAAACGAGUUCCAUGCUAAAAACUGGCCAUGCACGGACAUUAUUCCUACUUAUGGAACGGGCUCCUCUUUUGUGUGCUCAGCGGUGGGUGCCGUCGCCGGCGAGCGUUUCGUUUCUGGCGAUGCCUUUAUCGCACAGAACUAUGAAUACUAUUAUUCUCACUUGUGGCGUAACUUUGGCAUCCUCAUUGCGUUUAUGAUAUUUUUCAACGCACUUUAUCUGGCCGCCUCGGAGUUCAUUUCUAGUGACAAGUCCAAGGCAGAGGCGCUGGUCUUCCGUCCUGGACAUGCCCCGAAGUACCUUCAACCCGGCGAAGACCCUGAAGGCGGAGCUGUGGAACUGAACAAAUUGGAGCUGCAAAAGACUCACGAGACCAUUCGCUUGCCAGAACAGAAGGACAUUUUUUCAUGGAAAGCAGUCAAUUACGAUAUUCCUGUCAAAGAAGGAACCCGGCGUCUUUUGGAUAAUGUCAAUGGUUGGGUGAAGCCUGGAAGUUUGACUGCAUUGAUGGGUGUCUCUGGCGCUGGAAAAACAACCCUCCUGGAUGUCCUUGCCCAGAGAGUGUCCAUUGGUGUGGUGUCUGGUGAUAUACUGGUAAACGGCCAGCCUUUGAUGCCCAACUUCCCGCGUCGCACCGGCUAUGUUCAACAACAGGAUCUUCAUCUUGAGACUACAACUGUCCGAGAGGCUCUCCGCUUCAGUGCUAUGCUCCGUCAGCCGAAGAGUGUCUCGAAGAAGGAGAAGAAUGAGUACGUGGAAGAAGUGAUCAAGGUCUUAGGCAUGGAUGACUUCGCUGAAGCAGUUGUUGGUUCUCUUGGAGAGGGAUUGAACGUUGAGCAGCGCAAACUUCUAAGCAUUGGCGUUGAGCUUGCGGCCAAGCCAACCUUGCUCAUCUUCCUGGACGAACCGACCAGUGGACUCGAUUCACAAAGCUCAUGGACCAUCUGCCAAUUUCUCCGAAGGCUGGCGGACAAUGGGCAAGCUGUAUUGGCGACGAUCCAUCAGCCCAGUGCGACACUUUUCCAGACCUUUGAUCGAUUGCUUUUCUUGGCCAAAGGUGGCAAAACCGUUUACUUCGGCGACAUUGGUGAGCAGUCGACCACCAUGCUCAAGUACUUUGAACGCAACGGUGCGAGAAGCUGUGAAGAAAUGGAGAACCCUGCUGAGUAUAUUUUGGACAUGGUCGCUGGAGACGGCUGCCCUGGUGUGGAUUGGCCUCAAGCUUGGAAUUCAAGCCCGGAAUAUCAAGAAGUUGUUGCCGAAGUCGAACGAAUUCACUCAAUGCGCAAGGGCUCCACCCAUGAACUGUUCAUCGAUGAUGAUAAUGCUGAAUUUGCCAUGCCUCUUUCCUCGCAGCUGUGGGUGGUCCUCAGUCGCUGUUUCCAGGGCUAUUAUCGCCAGCCCGAUUACAUCUAUGCAAAAUUUAUCCUUGGAAUUGCGUGCGGUUUGUUUAUCGGCUUUUCUUUCUGGAAGGCCGAUAAUACCCAGCAAGGUUUCCAAAAUGUGCUCUUCAGCAUUUUCCUUUUAUGUACCAUUUUCAACACCCUCGUGAACCAGAUCAUGCCCCGCUUUGUCACUCAACGCUCGCUAUAUGAGGUUCGGGAGCGUCCCUCGCGCAUCUACUCCUGGAAGGUCUUCAUCAUCUCUCAGAUUCUUGUUGAGGUUCCAUUCCAGAUCUGCCUUGGCGUCUGCUCUUGGGCUUGCUUCUACUGGUCGGUAUUUGGGUCAGGGCAGGAUUCAGAGCGCCGUGGUCUCAUCAUGCUGUACAUUGUGCAGUUCUUUAUCUAUGCUGCCAGCAUGGCGCAGUUCGUUGUGUGCGCGAUUCCCGAGCCAGCAUUAGCCGCCAUGGUCGCAACUUUGAUGUUCGGUCUGUCAUUCCUUUUCAAUGGUGUCAUGCAACCGCCUGGUGAUCUUCCUCGAUUCUGGAUCUUCAUGUAUCGUGUCUCCCCUUUCACAUACUAUAUCAGUGGCAUUGGCAGCACUGCAUUGCACGGCCGAGAGGUACACUGCAAUUCGGUCGAGCUGAAUACCUUUGAUCCCCCGGCGGGUCAGACUUGCCACGAGUACCUGGCCAAGUACCUUGAGACCGCCACGGGCUCGCUAUACAACCCCAACGCCACCUCUAAUUGCGAGUACUGCAGCAUCUCCUCCGCAGAUCAGUACCUGGCUGCUCGCGAGAUCUACUGGACCGACCGGUGGCGCAACUACGGCAUUUUCUGGUGUUAUUUUGUUUUCAACAUCUUUGGCGCCAUUGUCCUGUACUAUGUCUUCCGUGCGAGGACUUCGAAGACGAAGAUGAGCAAGGGCAAGAAGGCCUAA